AUGCAUCAUCUACACUUCACCUACCCUCAAAAACAUCUCCAUAUAAAAUUCAAAACCUACUUUCAUCUUCAUCAUAAGAUAUUUGAAGAUGAUGAAGAACAUGAGUCAAAGGAGGAUCAUAACAUCAUAAGAGUGAUCAACAAGCUUAAUUUGGAGAUGGAAGUGCUUCAAGAGGUAAUGGAGAGGCUAAGAUCAAUUGUGGGUCCUGAAAGUUGGGAUUACUGUGUGCUUUGGAAACCAAGUAAAGAUCAAAGGUUGAUUGAAUGGGCGGAUUGCUGCUGUUCUGGGAGCAAUGGAAGCCAUGGAAAUGGUGGAGACGAUGAACAACAAGUGCUCUUUCAGUGCAAAGAUGUCACCUUCAAUCACUCAACCACGGAUGCUUGCCACCUUCUUUCACUUUUACCUUCUUCCAUGCCUUAUGAUCACUCUGGGAUAUAUGGACAAACCAUGAUAUCUAAUCAACCACGAUGGCUAAACUUUUCCAAUAGCUCCAAUACUGAUUUUUCUGAGGAUAAUCUUGGGACCAAAGCUUUGAUUCCUGUUCCAAUUGGACUUGUUGAACUCUUUGUAUCUAAACAAAUACCUGAAGAUCAAAGCAUCAUUGAUUUUGUGACCACUCUAUUCAACAUGUCACUAGAACAACACCCUAUCUUGAACACGAACAACAAUGUGGAUUCAAGCUUCUCGGUAAACAUGGACAAUUUAGACAAUGAAGAAUCAAAGGAUUACAUAGCUCAAGUACUUGACGACCAAAAAGAUCCAAAUAACCAUUUCCAACCACCGAUUUCUCCGGCGACCAUGUUAGAAAACCUAAACCUCUCACCCCACAAUAUCUCUGAUAAUCAUUUGCAUCCGAUGAACUUCUUGCAACAAUUCAACUAUGGUGAAAAUCGAAAUGGCAAGAACAUGUUCUUGGAAGGCACGAGUGAGCCGAUGAUGAUGAACAAUGAUGACCCUUUUGACCCUAAUUCGGAGGAGAAUGUAGGGUUUGACCAUGAGAUUGAUAUGGCGUUGCAAGGGCAAAUGAUGGGUGAGAAUAUGAACAAGGGGCACCUCAUGGAGCCGUUGGAGAAUGGUGCAAAGAAGCAAGGGGACAUGAAUCGUUCGGAUUCUAUCUCUGAUUGUAGUGAUCAAAAUGAUGAAGAAGAUGAUCCAAAAUGUCGGAGGAGGAAUGGAAAACCACAGUCGAAGAACCUUAUGGCGGAGCGUAAGAGACGAAAGAAGCUUAAUGAUCGCCUCUAUACUCUUCGUUCUUUAGUACCCAAAAUCACCAAGUUGGAUAGAGCCUCGAUACUAAAAGAUGCAAUCGAGUAUGUGAUGGAGUUGAAGAGACAAGUAGAAGAACUCCAAAAUGAGUUAGAAGAGAACUCCGAUGACGAGGGUACCACAAAUAACCAAAGCACAAUUGUUGAACAAGAGGUGAUGCAUGGCAAUGGAAGCAACCUAAAACGUAGGUUUAGCCAUGGACAAGGGAUGUUCGUGAAUGGUCAUCAAUUAGAAGCUUAUUCAGGCAUUGGUGCCAUUGAUGUCCCGAAACAUACACCAGACACUGAAGGUGCUAACGAAAAAGGGCAACAAAUGGAGCCACAAGUGGAAGUUGCAUCCUUAGAUGGAAACGAAUUUUACGUGAAGGUAUUUUGUGAGCACAAACCAGGAGAAUUUGUGAGGUUAAUGGAAGCAUUCAAUUCUCUAGGACUCGAAGUGACAAAUGUGAAUGUUACUAGCUUCAGAUGUUUGGUUUUGAAUGUCUUCAAAGUUGAGAGGAAAGAUAGUGAAAUGGUGCAAGCAGACCAUGUCAGGGAAUCCCUGCUUGAGAUAACACGAAACCCAUCUAGAGGGUGGCCGGAAACCACCACCAAAGCACCAGAAAAUGGGCAUGGCAUGGCGGACCACCAACUCCACCACCAUCAUCACAACCACAAUCAUCACCACAACCACCAUUCCCACCUCCAUAACCACCAGAAACCACAGUACCACUACAAUGCAAUUUAUCAAGUUCUUAACUGAAGUGUUCAAAACACUUUUUAGUUUCAAUGUUUUAGCUUCAUAUGAAACAAAUGAUCUGUUGUCUACUUGUCCUACUUUCCAUCAAUAAAUUGCAGUUUCUGAUACUAUAAUUUGCUAUUCAAUGGAGAUAAUUGUACAGUUUCUUGAUAAUAGUAUCACAUAAUCGUACAUAAGUGGUGUUUAUUAAUCAACGAAGAAGAGUCAUUAAGCACAACAUCAAAAUAAUUGUACAAAACGAUCAACUAUGGCAUCCAGCAAAACUCAGUAUCCUUUUCUAACAAGAACAAUUCACAAUCCCUAAGUUUUUGGUGAUAAAAAGCACUUCUGAUUCAUAAAGAUGAAAUAAGAUGAUCAGUCAUACACUGCUUUUAAUUAUUUGUCUCCUUGCUAAAAACUUUGCUAUGGAAGGAGUGAGAGCAAUUGUGAUUGGAACCCUUACCGGAAAGAGAGCCUUAUUACAGAGAACAGCCAGCGCCAGUGCACCGCCGCUCGAUGCCGCUAGUUCAGCCGUCCGAUUCCUCGGUUUCACUUCCUGAUUUGAUUGGGACAUAGUUGCAACUUCUCCUUCCGUUUCUUCUUUUGGGCCUCCCAUACCGACUUUUUCGAGGAUUGAUUCAAGCUGUUUGAAACGAACCAUUUCCAGAGCGGAUUCGACGUCGACGUUGUUUUUUAUAGCAACGUAUAAACCGGAGAUGCUUGCGGCGGAGACGGAAAAGUGUACUCCGAGAGCUACCUUUCCGUACUUCUUUAAUAACUCACGGAAUCGACCUCCAGCCAUUGAUGUAAGAAUUUCUUCGUGGAUUUGAUAGUCUAGGGUUUGUU